UGUAUGACAGAACACAACUAUAAUAGCUGCUGUGUAUACAUCUUGUCAUCUUUGGUAACAAAAAAAAACUUCAUUUUAAUUUAUUUAAUAUAAACAAUUGAUUGCUUAAUAAGUCGACGGAUAAAAUAAUAAAUUGAUAAGUAAUUAUAGAAGAGGAAAUUAUUUUUUAUUCAUCCAAUAAUUUAUCUCUUGCAUUGACAUCUAUUUACGGUAUUUAUUAACGAUGAAAACAAAGUAUCAAUUGUGUCAUAAUCGCAUAUAUUUAUAGAUAAGAAAUAUUGUUAUGGCAAAAUGAUACAUAGAACGUGAUAAUUAAUAAAUUAUAUUAGAAAAGAAAAUCCAACGGAACAAUGACACAUUCAAGCAGGAAACGUCUGAGGAGCAUGGAAGAUGAAAGCAGCGAGUUCACGCCAUUGAGCAAAAGGAUAAAUAACCUUCAUUUGAAUGGAUUUCCAGGUAUUCCAGAAAAUUACACUUCUUCGUCAAACGACUCGGAGCCGUCGACGAGUUCUUCGCCCGGAAACAAACAUCCAGUUCAAAAUAAUUUUGCAAGUGACUACAGACCCGAUCUUAAUGCCAAUGAUAAUCCGCAUUACUAUGAAAGUAACAAAUUGCUGUAUACUCUUAGCAUGGAGAGGAUGCACAGGAGAUCUAACUUUUAAUUAUAAUUUAUAAAUCAAUCAUUAUGUAUUUAUUCUAUGCAUUUUAUAAAUAAUAAUAAAUAUCGGUGAAUUA